AUGGCGCACCGCGACACGGCGCCGUACGUGGCUCAGGACCCGAAGGAGAUCACAGCGCUAGUGCACUCACUCGAAGCACACAAGGGCAAGAAAGGCGCUGGCGGUUUCUCGGUCAAAAAACACACAUUCGAUCUGCCAAAUGGCCGCACAGUCGACUCUUGGAAGAUGAACGAGUGGGACUACAAGAAAGCAAACCUGCCCACAUAUGCGCGAGGUCUAUUCACCUACCUGAACCGCCAGGGUCAAUGCGAGAUUGCUGUGCGAGGGUACGACAAGUUCUUCAACCACGGCGAGGUACGGAAGACGGAGUGGAAGAAUGUCACGCGCGACACUCGGGGCCCGUACGAGUUGAGCGUGAAGGAGAAUGGCUGCAUCAUCUUCAUCUCCGGAUUGGACGACGACACACUGCUAGUCUGCAGCAAACACUCGACGGGCCCUAGAGGCGACGAGCCCAGCCAUGCCCAAGUGGGCGAGAAGUGGGCUGAGAGGCACAUUGCCACAAAGGGAAAGAGGAAGGAGGAUCUGGCACGGACACUACGAGCCAUGAAUGCGACCCUUGUCGCCGAGCUAUGCGACGACGACUUCGAAGAGCACGUGCUCGCCUACACCCCCGACCAGGCUGGUCUCUACGUCCACGGCAUAAACCUGAACCUGCCAGAGUUUGCUACAUAUCCCGGACACCUCGUCGACAAGUUCGCCGACGAGUGGGGCAUGAAGAAGGUUGAAUACGUCAUGGAGAACGACAUCCAGGAGGUCAAGAAGUUCCUCGACAAGGUCGCUGAGACGGGCAACUACAAUGGGCGCGACACCGAGGGCUUCGUCAUUCGUUGCCAGUCGCGUGAGGGCGAUGGACCUUACACAGACUGGUUCUUCAAGUACAAGUUCGAGGAGCCAUAUCUCAUGUACCGCCAGUGGCGCGAAUGUACAAAGGCAUUGAUUGGCGGCAAACCUCCCCGGUACAAGAAGCACGAGGCCAUCACGAAAGAGUAUCUCACCUUUGCGCGGAAGAUGUUUGCACAAAACCCUGGACUUGCGAAAUCCUACAACGCAAAUCAUGGCAUCAUCAAGCUCCGCGACGACUUCCUGGCUUAUCGUGGGACGACUGGUGCGGAAAUCAUCAGGCAGGAGCUGGAGAACGGUCCGAUUGAGAGCAAGAAGGCGACGCGCAAUAUCGUCCUCGUUCCUGUCGCAACUAUAGGCUGCGGGAAGACAACCUUGGCUCUCGCGCUCGUGAAGCUGUUCGGCUGGGGCCACUACCAGAACGACAACGUCAAGGCAAAGAAGGGACGGGGCCAGAUCUUUGCGGACACGAUAUCCGCCCUUCUCGUCACCAAUCCUGUCGUCAUUGCAGACCGCAACAAUCAUCAGAAGCGCGAGCGAGACCAGAUUAUCACCGACAUUUCCAAGACUGUACCCGAUGCGCGCUUUGUCGCACUACACUAUGUGCACGAGCGCUCAAAUUACGACAGCAUCCGUAACGCGACUCGAAAGCGUGUUCUGGAUCGCGGAGACAAUCAUCAAACCAUUCAGGCAGGCUCAAAAGGCUCUGGGGAGAUUAUUGAGAUCAUGGAGGGCUUCAUGCACCGCUUCCAGCCAGUCGACACUUCAGAUGCACCUGAUGACUACUUUGAUCUCGUCAUCAACAUCGAUCCCACUGUCGAAUCUCGCGAAAACCUUGAAGUCAUCAUCAGCAGAAUGUUCGAGACGUACCCCGCCUUGUUCGAAGGCAAAGACAUGCCCACUGAUACCGACAUGGACGAGGCCAUUCAUUGGGCCAUGAACGACUACACUCCAGACUUCAAGAUGGACCUUUCUCGGAACGGUGGCAACGGCGGUAACCUCAAGGGUGCGCAGAAUAACAACGCGCGAAAACAGUCUCAUCAGGAAGCUAGGGCCAAGAAGGCACCUCGCAUGGAGUACUUUUCCGUCCGCCUCGACAACUCGCGCGUGAACUCGAUCCUAGACGCUGUCUUCGCCGGUAAAGACGCUUCGACAUCUAAAAUGUACAUGCAACUGAAGCAGACCCGUCGUGUGCAGAACGAGUUCCACGUCACGCUCAUGCAUCGCGCAUCCGCAUCCGACAAUCCACCAUACUGGGACAAGCUGAUGAAGCUCUCCGAGGCGUCGCAGCAGACGGGUGAUAAAUCCUGGGAGCCGGAACUCGGUACGUGCAGCGUUCACCUGGAGCGUCUGAUCUGGGAUGACCGUAUCAUGUGCUUCGUUAUUCGACUGAACGGAUCUAGCACCCUUCAGAUCAACACCGAACAGGGCUCGACGACCGAGGAGCUCGUAUUUGAGUCCACAAAUCCUGUCGCGCACGUUACAGUCGGUACUGCGAGCCCAGAUAUCAAGCCUAAGGAGAGCAACGACUUGCUUCAGCGUUGGCUUAAUGAGGGCUCAGGCGGUAACACGGGUAUUGGAGAGCUACCUGUCAAGGGCAGCGUCAUGCUGAAGGGUAGCGUGAGAGGUGUGCUUGGACGGAUGUAGAGCGGCCAUGCAAGCACCUUCAAGGAUCGCUUUUAUGGGAGAACCAAAGCAGAAGGUAAUGAAGUCAUGACAAGUGCGAUGAGAGCAAUCGCGGUGCUGAGAGAGUAACGUGGUUGCGCUUGAUGGGUUGGUAAAGCAGAAAUUAGCAUACGCCCGGGCGUUCUUUGUGAGCAUGCAUCACGACAAAUGCAACGUUAGAUAUG